AAAAAAUAAAAAUAAAAUAAAAAAUUAUAUAAGAGGCCAGACAGACAGAGAUAGAAAGUCAGACUCCCAAAACUUUAAAAACAAACCCUAAUUUUAUAUUUUCGAAGAAGAAGAAGAAGAAGAAGAAGAUGUCAGGCGUGACGAACUCCCAGCAAGAGGAAGACAAGAAGCCGAAUGAUCAGUCUGCUCACAUCAAUUUGAAAGUCAAGGGCCAGGAUGGAAAUGAAGUCUUUUUCAGGAUCAAAAGAAGCACUCAGCUGAAAAAGCUUAUGAACGCAUAUUGUGAUCGCCAAUCUGUUGAGAUUAACUCAAUUGCUUUCUUGUUUGAUGGCCGUCGUCUCCGAGCAGAACAGACUCCUGAUGAGCUAGAAAUGGAGGACGGUGAUGAGAUUGAUGCAAUGUUGCACCAAACUGGUGGAACAACUGCUUAGAUUGUAUGUUGCCAGUUAGCAGUGCUUGGUAGUGAAGUUCAACCGUUGAAUUAAUGUAGGUUAUGCAGGAUUUUAGGUUUUUGGAUUUGUAACAGACGUCUUUAAGCUAAAUCUUGUGUUGCAACAUGUAGCUCUCUCUAGGAGCUUUGACAAUGUUUAAGACAGGAUUUGAAACUUCUAUUUUAAUAGUAUUAGCGUUUGGUUGAGCUUUGCUGACAAAA